AUGACUGAACAUAUGAUUGAUUCCUAUGCACAAUCUCAACUUCGAUGUCAACGGAAGAAAGGAUACUACAAAGGCAUGAAAAGGAAUUUGAAGAAUCUUUCUACGGUCUUGAUGCUUCUUUGUACUUUAGAGGAAACAUCUAUUGUGAAUUUCUUCGACCAACUUUCACUCGAUCUACCUGAUAAACUGAUUCAUUUAGUUUAUAGUAGGAAUACACCAAACCCUACAGAAGAUGGUGUAAACGAAUCAAAUUCUGACCCUAUCAUAGGAUUAUUGAAAACUUUCUCAAGAUUUGAAAAUUCACGUGAAGUGUUUUUGAGUAUUACUGGAACGAUCUCUACUAUUUGUCGUUGCAAUACAUUUUCAGAAGAAGAUGAUGAUAGUAUUCAAGGAUUCUCACAACCUUUGAUCGGUUCUGGAUUUAUACUGGUUAUGGUUGAAAUCCUUUCGAUUGUUAUAUGCGAUAAAAAGAUAAUUUCAUCAGGUAGAAUAUGUUUUAUGAAAAAGUAUUCGGGUUGGAAUAGUAGUUUAGAAAGAAUCGUAAAUUUAGAUAAUGAAAAAAUGCAAAAGAUUGAAAUCAUAGAUGAACAAGAGUCUAAGAUGAUUUGUGAUUCAUUAGGAGAAUUUGCUUUGAACUUUGGUUUUGAUCAAGUUUUUGAGUCAGGUGAACUCGAGAAGGAAAUAGAAGUUACAAAAGAGCUUUUGACUGAUCAUUUCGGUGAUGAAGAAGAAUUGAAGAAGAUACUCAGAUCGAGUCGGUUUUUGAUCUAUGCGAUGAAUCAAUUUAAUCAAUGGGAGGAGACUGGAUCAAUCGAUUCUUUAAUUCACAUUGAUGAAGAAGUUUUAAUAGAAGCACUCGAGGACUCUGAUACCAAUAUGAUUCAAGCUGGGAUAUUUAUAAUCCUCUCAUCUUCUGUUCUGCUAAUUUGGUCAAAGGCGUCUAGGUCUUAUCAGCUAGAAAUUCAUGACAAUCACUGUGGGACCCCAAGACCUGGUACCUAA